AUGAGCGACCGGCAAGCAAAGAAGUCACCUGCUAUUGUUCUCGAGACAGAGCGACCCGAAGCCAGUAGUUCCGAAUCUCGCACCGAGUCCCUGCACCCGGACGCCCCCAUAGACCAAGUCGGACAUUUGGAAGUCGAGGAGGACGGAACGGUAACACCGCGCUUCAUGCAGGAUGAGGGCGCUUGGAAGAGAUGGAAGUGGGUGCCAUAUCCCGUGAGGCGAUUCGGCAUCGCUGUUGCCAAAUGGUCCAGCGGUCCGAAAGAGCCAACGGAUUACAAGAUCAAGCCCCUGUUCCCCGUCGUACAAGAAGCCCCUCUGGUGCUGCUCGACAAGUAUUUGCCCAACCGCCGGCAUCGUAUAUGGUUGUUCAUGGGCUAUGUUGCCAUUUGGCUCCUGACCUUCUGUCUGGUCAUGCGCCAGGGACUGAAGGCCUCGGAAAUCGAGAGCUUCGGCACCCCCAGUGAUGUUAGCUGUGGAACUACGUAUUGGGUCUCUGGCAACCAGUGCGGCACGGACGGAAAUGACUGCAGACCGUUUUCAGAUGGAGGCUUCGCCUUCAAAUGUCCCGCCAAUUGCGCCAGCUACAAGGUUCUGAACCCCAGGGCCGUAGGUGACCAGGAAGUCGUCUACACACAGCUCAUCGUCGGCGGCCCUGGCAGCUCGAGCAAUACCACGAAUGCCAUCUACCGCGGCGACUCUUUCAUAUGCGGCGCGGGAAUCCACGCAGGUGUCAUCAGCAACAGCAAAGGAGGGUGUGGUGUCGUCAAGCUGAUUGGACAGCAGUCUGAUUUCGCCAGUUCCACGAGGAAUGGCAUCACGAGCACCGGCUUCACCUCGUACUUCCCACUCUCGUACACAUUUGAGAAUGGUAUUGAGUGCGACUCCAAAGAUGUUAGAUGGCCAUUGCUUGCCGUGUCGGUGACUUUCACAGCAGUCCUCGCACUGUUCACCUCGUCAGCUCCCGUCUUCUUCUUUUCUGUCUUUGUCGGCAUCUUCUGGCAGGUUGGCAUGGCCUCGGAUGCCCCCUCGCACACUACAACCGCAGGUUUGUUCUCCAACAUUCUUGGCAAGUUUCUGCCAGCCAUGUUCUGCGCCUGGGUGAUAUACGACAAGAUGGGCGUCAGAAGAACAUUGAAGGGCCUAACUGCUCAGGUUGAAAAGACCGUUCUGUGGCUUGGGGGUUGCUGGGUGGGCGCGCUCACCAAUUACACUUUCGAUUUUAUACCAAUUCAGCGUCUGACGGGACACGACCUAGAUCAACAGCCCGGCGCUAAGGCUGCUCUUGCCAUGAUCAUCAUUGUUCUUGCUGUCGUCGUGAUAUCGCAGGUUUGGUUCUUUCGGCAGGAAGGACGGCUGUUGAAGUACCUGAGGCUAUAUGCCUUGUUCAUCCUUACCAUCAUAAUUGCUUUGGUUCUGCCAGAUCUCAGCCUCCGUAUCCACCAUUAUAUCUUGGCUCUUCUGCUUCUGCCAGGCACCAGCAUGCAGACCCGCCCGUCCCUGCUCUAUCAAGGCAUCCUGGUUGGUUUUUUCAUCAAUGGGAUUGCAAGAUGGGGCUUCGAUUCGGUAUUGCAGACGUCAUAUGCGCUGCAGGGCGAUGCGCAACUCGGCUCGCCGCUUCCAACACUCAUCGAGCCGAUAGUCAGCUUGGCUUCCAAUGCAUCGUCGGCUACUAAUGCCACAAUUGCUGCAGCCAUUUCCACCAUCACGUUCAACUGGCACUCGCCACCAGCACCGCAGUUUGACGGCAUCAGCGUCCUCGUCAAUGAUGUUGAGCGUUUGAGGACCUACUUCGCCGACGUUGAUGGCGAGGACAGCUUUACUUGGAAGCGGAGCGGUACACUGGCUUUGAACGAGUACUUUAGAUUUGCCUGGAUGCAGGGAAGUUCGACAAUGGAUUAUACAAAAGCCGGUGUUUGGAAUGCCGACGGAUCAUGGACGCAGAUGGCUGAUGGACCAUCAAAGGUCAAAGCCCGGAGUCUGGAUGGCGAGGCCCGAUUGAUGAGAUAG